AACCGUUUUCCUUCUUCUACAAAGUUCCGUUUCCAGCAUUUUCUGCGCCCGGCGCAUAAACGCGGCAGCACCGUUGGAGGCUUCUAGAAGCAGCCGCGGCGUGUGGCGGAUCCUCACCGGCAGAAGGAGCUCGCAUUCGGACGUUCCGUCCAUCCCGAAGAGUUCGAGUCCCGUUAAUCCGGACAAAUGGCGAAGUGGGGAGAAGGAGACCCUCGCUGGAUCGUAGAAGAGAGAGCGGACGCCACGAAUGUCAACAAUUGGCACUGGACCGAACGAGACGCCACUAACUGGUCGACGGACAAACUGAAAUCUUUGCUGCUCGGGCUGAGCGUGGAAAACGAGGAGGGAAAGUGUGAGGUGACAGAAGUCAGCAAACUAGAAGGAGAAGCCUCCAUCAACAACCGCAAAGGCAAACUUAUUUUCUUCUAUGAGUGGAAUGUGAAAGCAGCAUGGACCGGAAAGUCUAAAACUGGAGUCAAAUACAAAGGAACCAUCGAGGUCCCUAACCUGUCUGAUGAAAACGACAUGGAGGAUCUCGCUAUUUCUGUGAUGAUGAACAAAGAUGAACCAGACACGCCGCUGCUGAACCUGAUGAAGAGGGACGGAGCCGAGAAAGUUCGCCAAGCGCUCGGAAGCUAUGUUGACUUCUUAAAAACAGAGUUCACUCAGGGGAUGAUCCUGCCUACAGCUAACGGCGUGUCAAAGGUGCAGUCUUCUUCACAAUCCAAAGCCAAGUUAGAUAAAACUCAGAUUAGCUCCAGCAGCAGCAGCACAGCUGCUCCCGUCAACACCGGCGUGAAGAUCCCCACCUGUAAAUUCAGCAUCAGAGACACAUUCCUCACCUCCCCGGCUGAUCUGUACAGAGUCUUUAUCAACCAGGAGAUGGUCCAGGCCUUCACGCACAGCUCUGCAGCCGUGGAGGCGGAGAGGGGGGGCAGGUUUCGCCUGCUGGACGGGAAUGUUUGUGGAGAAUUCACAGAGCUGGUUCCUGAGGAGAAAAUAGUUAUGAAGUGGAGGUAUAACAACUGGCCCUGCGCUGCUAGACCACAUGUGUCGCAUUCAAGGCCCGGGGGCCGGAUCCGGCCCUCCAGAACAUUACGCAACGAUCACGCUGACCUUCGUGGACCGCAGCAGCGAGACGGAGCUGAAGGUGGAGUGUCGAGGCGUCCCCGACAGCGAGGAGGAGCAGACGAAAGAGGGCUGGAAGAGAUACUACUUUGAAGCUAUUAAACAGACUUUUGGCUUUGGAGCGCGGCUCUUCUGAAGACUGCACUGUACAUGUUUCCUUUUCUGUUUGGAUUAUUUCAGAAGAUGUUCCCCUUCACUCUCUGCUGUUGCAUUCAUAGGACAAGUUGACUAAAAAAAGACGAGAGAGGAAAGUCUGUCACUUUGUGUGUACAAAUGUUUUAAUUUUGAACAUAUUUAAGAUUUUUGCGCCGUUAAUUCAACCUUCAGAGGAGCAAAGAUCUCCGUCUUUGGAAUAAAGUUUUUACGGAUGAACGGAAGGAAACGGA